AUGGGUUCAAUCUCCGAACCACCCCCAUCAACCUCCCACUUCACCAACCUCCCCCAGAUCCCAACGGACGAACCCUUCGCCGUGAACGCUUCCUACAUUAAAGACCCCCACCCGAAAAAAGUAAAUCUGGGAAUCGGUGUCUACCGCACGAACAAAGGAGACCCAUGGCCCCUCCGCGUCGUCGAGGACGCUGAAAAAGCAAUCUACCACGUUAAAGACGUCAGUCGACACGAAUACCUCAGCAUACAAGGGGAUCGCGAAUUCCUCCGACUAGCAGCAGAUCUCGUCUUUGACCUUGAAUCCGCACAAAACGGGGCAGAUACGCCGCAAAGCAGUCAUGCCAGGGUAACAUCAAUCCAAACCGUCUCAGGAACGGGCGCGAACAGACUAGGAGCAGAAUUCCUCACCCGAAACAUCUCCCCAGGCAAUGUCUGGAUUCCAGCACCAACAUGGGCAAAUCAUCACACAAUCUGGGACCUGGCCGGUGUACCUAGAAAAGAAUACCCAUACUACAACGCCCUGACAGGAAAGUUCAAUUUUGAAGAAACCCUCCAAACCCUCCGCACGCAUUCUUCCAAGAAUGAUAUCCUAGUCCUACAUGCCUGCGCGCACAACCCCACGGGCGCAGACCCGAGCCGUGAACAGUGGGAAGGUAUUCUCUCAGUUUGUAAAGAAAAGGGUCUCAUUCCAUUCUUCGAUCUGGCAUAUCAGGGCUUUGCGUCCGGAGACGUGGGCAAGGACGGCUGGGCUAUACGCAGAUUUUUCGAAGAGGGUGGUAUUGAGUUCGUUGUUGCGCAGAGCUUUUCGAAGAACUUUGGCCUUUAUGGGCAGAGGGUUGGUGCUUUGCAUGUUGUUUCUUCUGCUGCUGCCUGUGGUGCUACGGAUGAUAUUCUCGCUACGCUUUGCCAUCUCGUUCGCGGGGAGUAUUCUAUGGCGCCGAGGGGUGGGGCUGAGAUUGUCCGGACUGUUUUGGGAAAUAAGGGGCUUCGGGCUAAGUGGGUUGAGGAUUUGGAUACGAUGAGUACGAGAAUUCUGUCCAUGAGGACGGCUUUGUUUGAGGAGAUGGUGGCGCUUGGGACGCCGGGGGAUUGGGGGCAUAUUCUUAAGCAGAUUGGGAUGUUUACGUACGUUGGGUUGUCAGAGAGUCAGGUCUUUGCUAUUCGGGAACGACAUCAUGUUUAUAUGCUCAAGUCGGGGCGGAUUUCUAUUUCUGGAUUGAAUGAGAGUAAUGUUCGAUAUGUUGCGAUGGCAAUCGAUGAUGUGGUUCGAUCGGUUUCUUAG